CCACCCCCAACCCCCAGGCACAGCCGCGCCGGCCGGAGGGGCCAGGGCCGGGGAGGGAAGAUGGUGUUCGUCUGGCUCGCCGCCUUCUUCCUCGUCGUCACGCUCAUCGUGCUCGUCAUCUUCCAGUUAAUGUGCUUGGCAGAUCUGGAGUUCGAUUAUAUCAACCCAUUUGAUUCAUCGUCUCGAAUAAAUAAAGUGGUUAUGCCAGAAUUUAUAGUGCAAGCACUUCUAAGUGUAUUAUUCCUCAUAACUGGGCAUUGGGCAAUGUUUUUGCUUUCUGCCCCAAUGGUGUACUAUAAUUAUACAUUGUACGAGCGGCGGCAGCAUCUAGUAGAUGUGACAGAGAUAUUUAAUCACCUAGCCCGGGAGAAAAAACGCCGUCUUUUUAAGAUAGGGGCUCUUGUCAUCCUCCUAUUCUUGUCAUUGUUCUGGAUGAUUUGGAGUGUAUUAUUGGACGAGGACGACAGCCAUUAGUUAGGUCUUAUGGAGAAAAGAAGGCAGGCAUGCCCUCGGGGAGCUGUUUGUUGCUCAAGUUUAGUGAAAGCUCCUAUUGUUGUAGCGUGUGAUGUAAGCUAGGAGCCACGCCCUAUUUAUUUGUUUGCAUAUCUGGUCAUAUGGGGCAAAGAAUGAUUUUGUUCACGUCGAAUUUCGGAUGCAAAUGUGUGAUUAUGUUGAUGUGAGGAUCAAUUCUUGUAGCUGACCAGGAAGUACCGGCAUUUCGGUUUAGUGCAACUCUUCUUUUAGGGAGGUUUAGUGCAACUCUGAGUGCAAUCACAGUUGAUUCUUUCUGUUGA